AAUUCGGCCGCCUCUUGUGCCGAACAAAACCCUAGAAACCCCCCCCCAAAAAAAAAAAAAAAAGAAAAACCCUAGAAACCCUAAUGGCGAAAUCGAUGAGAUCGAAGAGGAAGAAGAGGCUUCGAACCCUGAGGAGGGAGAUCGCAGAGCCCUUCUACGACAAGAAGGAGGAUGCCAAGCUCAAGGCCCAGGAGGCCGCCCUCAACGCCCCAAAGCUCCCCGUUCGCAUGCCCAAGCCCAGCUCUGAUUCCAUGGAGCUCAUCACCAACGAAACCUCGUCCAACUCAAUGGAUGUAGAAAUGGCCGAUGGAGGAAACGAUCAAUCCAAAUCAUUAUUGAAGCCUGUAGGUGGUAUUGGGAAGAAGAAAUUGAAGAUGAAACUGCAGCUGAAGAAAGAAAAGCGUCGCAAAAGAGGAAAAGGGAAGGUUAGGAGGAAGCACAACAUAUAAAUGCGUGUCUUGGAACUCUUUGCUUUGGCCGCAGUCUGCCAACGGUGUUUACUACACCGGUAGUAAUGUAAUGUUGUGUUACCAAUUCCGGUUGAACGCGGUUUAGUGUGUAACGACCUUGGUUCGGAAAAGAUAUGAUAAGUUAUUUCAGUGUUUUUGCCGUACUAUGAAUGUUGAUUUUAAUUAACCCUCUCCUAGGAUGUUCCUUGUUCACA